GUUGAAAGUGAUGCAUGGUUUAAAAUGUACUUUGGUGCUCUUGACCGAUAUAAAAUUUUGAACUGUGCGCAAUGUUUCAUUUUGAACCAAUAAAUUGUAUCGAUUGGUUUCUUCAAUGUUGAUGAGAUAUUACCGCCAAUUAUUAAGGAUCGUAAAUAGAAUCAUUUUCUAGGCCCUUUUAUUUAUAUUUUGCCUUUACUGUCAGCUUGAUUAAAUCACAAGUAUAAAAUGCAACAUGGCGAAGCGAAGCUACUUUUUGCGAUAACCUCAAUUGUCCAUACAGUGAUCAAUUAUACUGGUGGAAAAAAAUGUAAUGUCAAUUGUUUUUUGAGGAAAUCUUUCAUUGUUUCUUCUCGCGUCCUGUUAUUUCCUCCUCAACUGUAUAUGUAAAUACAUUCAAGCAUAUGAAUGAGUAUGGAUCCCAAAAUUGAUUUAGACUUAUCAACGGAUAAAACUGAACAUGAAUCACACACAGAAGAUGAAGAAAAAGCUGAAAAUUUAAUUAAUCAAAGUAAGGAAAUAAAUGAUAGUACAGGUGAAAUGCUGCAAGACUCAUCUACUCUCACAACAGACAAAUUAAUAGCUGAUAAGUGUCCAAUGAGUGAAAAAGUAAUUGAUACAGUGAAUGAAGUAGAACAAGCACUAACAGAUGAAAAUUUAAAAAGUAUAGAAGCAUCAAAUACCGAACCAAGUGAAGAAAAUAUUUUGGAAGAACGUGACUCACAGUCAAGCAAGCAGACUUUACAAGAAACUAACGAAAAUGUUACAUCAACCGACUCUAAUGAUGUACAGUCAGAAGGUUUAUGUGAAAUUGUUACAAAAACUGUUUUACAGAAAGACAAUCUAGAAACAGCAUCAACAGUAUCCAACAUUGCAGAUAAAGAUGACACAGCUGAUUUGUUGAAUAGUGUAAAUAUGUUAGACUGUAUGGAAUCUCAGAAAAGUUCAAAAGAUGUACCAGAGCAUAUAGAAAUACAGAGCUCGAAAAAUAUCUCUCUAGAUGAUACAUCUAAUUUAAGCUUAACAGAGAAAGAAGAUAAUGUAAGCGACACUCAACCAGACAAAGUGCAAUUGCCUAUUGAUGAGAAAGAUAAUUCAAAUAGUAAAAAGAGUGAUUCAGAAGGAAUAUUGGAAGAUUGUGAUAAAGAUAUGUCAGAGAAAAAUGUAGUGGAACCAGAAAAUACAGAAUUUGUACAGUUUUCUCAAGAGAAACACGGAGAUGAUGCACAAAUUGAAAAUCAAUCUAUAGAUGCAGAAGAUCCUUUUGGAGGAGAUACUCUCAAUGCUGAAAAUGUAGAACCAAUGGAUACAGAUGAUCCCAAUGAAACUGAUGUAGGUUUUUCUAAAUUAUGUAGUCAAGCAGACAAUCUACAAGAUAUUGUAAAUGCUAGAGAGAACAGUUUUAGUAGUAGCAAUAAUAAAGAUAACAAAGAAAACAAAGAUAUUUCUGUUAAUACGAUAGAAUCUUCGAACGCGAUACAAAAUGUUGACAAGAAUCAUAGCGAAAGUUCGGCUGAGAUAGCGGGAAGUGAAAAUUUAAAUAAAACAGAAGUUGCAGGAUCAACUGAAAAAUGUAAUGAUAGUAUAGGAAAAACUCUCGAUGAAAUAACACCACUAGAAACGGAAGAACAAUCUAAUGUGUUACCAGGACAAGACGACGAAUUAUGUAUUAUUCCAGAUAGUAUGAAAGUAAUAAUUCCAGGGCAAACAGAUAAGUCAAAGUCUAAUAAUAACAAAUCCUUGCCAGAAAGUAGUCGCGAGCAUAAUAAAGAUGUAGAAAAUUGUCCAGAUAAUGAAUUAAAUAUUAGUACCAAUAAUGAUCCACAAAAAAGUGCAAAGGAAUUAAAAAUUGAAGAUGAAAAUAAAUCGAAGGAUGUCGAAAAUGUCCAAAAAGAAAAAGAUUCGACUAACAAUCUUGCACCUACAACCGAGGAUGUUAUUAAUAUCGACGAAGAGUCAAAACAUUCUGAAAUUGAAGAAAUCACGACUAAAGAAAUUUGCAAACAAUGCAACGAAGAAAAAUCGUGCAAGAUUAAAGUAAAAAUUGGUUUCGAUACCUUCAAUGUUUGCUCCAAAACUUGUAAGGCAUUAUUCAAAGCUGCCAAUAACAGGGCUGUGGAUAUACCCAGCGAUGGAGUCAAUUCUAAAAGAGAGAAACGUUGCGCGAAUUGUUUGCUAAUUGUUGAACUUGGCGACGAACGUAAUCUCUCGUGGGAAACAAUGGAAUUCUGUAAUGAAGAGUGUUUAGGGAAAUUUCAAACAAAGUAUGGGAGUUACUGUAGAAAUUGCAAUGGGUCUGUACAGGCAGUGAGUUUAGGCAAAUAUUGCGUACGAUUUGGCUAUGAUGUUAGACAAUUUUGUUGUUCUACAUGUUUAGAAGAGUUCAAGAAAGGACUGAAAGUGUGCACAUAUUGUCAGAAAGACAUAAGUUCUAGCACAGAAGGUUUCCUUGCACCUGUUGGUGAUAAAGGCCAAUUUAAAGAUUUCUGUACACAAGAUUGCAUGGAGAAAUAUUCAAAAAUGAGUUCUGCUGAGCCUCCAACCAUGGAAAAAAAAUGUUGCAGUGUUUGCCAAGAAGAAAACGUUGUUCACUGUGAGGUUCAAGUAGACAGAUUUGGUCCAGUAGCUAUUUGCAGCGAACCAUGUUUUGCAGCAUUCAAAUUUGUAAAAAAAGUGGAUCCUGAUCAAUGUUCUACUUGCAAGAAAUUUUUUGAAUUACCUCAUAAGAAAAAUUCUGUUGUAUUUUACGAAAACGAGGCUCAUACGUUUUGUUCUAAAACUUGUUUAAAUAUAUUUAUUAUUACGAAUAGGAAAAUUGUUCCUUGCAAUUGGUGCAAGGUAAAAAAGUAUAAUUUUGACAUGAUUAAAAAGGAGUUGAAAACAGGUCAAGUGAUGAUGAUGUGUAGCUUAAAUUGUUUAACACUAUACCAGGUUUCGAUCAACGCGGUGUCGGCGAAACGAAUAAAUUGCGAUUUCUGUAGAGAGUUCUCUCAAGCACAGUAUCAUUUAACAAUGUCCGAUGCAACGAUCCGGAAUUUUUGUUCGUACAAUUGUGUAAUGAAUUUUCAAGCUCAGUAUACUAAAUCACCGAUUACGAUACCAGCCGGCGACGAUCCUGUACCUACUGGUAUGCCCAAAAGGACGUUACCAGCUCACCAUAGAACUACAAAUUCCAACAAUCAGAAAGCUAGUGAUAUGCAAAAUAAAAAAACAAUGCCAGUCAUUUCUUCCGUAACGAGUUUAGCCGCAAUGGGAAAUGGACAAUCCAGUCCAACGACGCAACAAAACAGUGUAAAUAACAUGGUAAUACCUUCGGUUGCUAUCAACCAAAGUCAAACACCACAAGUAAUUUAUAAACAACACAUUAUAACGAAGCCACCAAGUCCGAUCCAAAUUCAUAAUAAAACUACGCAAUGCAAGCCAGCGAUGCACACAAAAGGAGUUUCUGUACGUCCGCAUCCUUGUACAAAAGCCACGCAAACGGACGAAGUUAAACAGGCAAUUGUCCCGAUACCAGUUCCAAUUUAUGUUCCAUAUCCAAUGCACAUGUAUAGUAUGCCUUUCCCAGUUCCAUUACCGUUUCCAUUACCAAUUCCUGUCCCUAUUUUUAUACCCACAACGAGAAAUAGCGCUAAGGGAAUAUUUAAAGAUAUUAAAAGAAUACAAGAAAAGAUACCAGCAGAUCCAUUCGAAGCUGAACUUCUUAUGAUGGCAGAGAUGGUAGCAACGGAGAAGAAACCUAACGAGAGUGAUUCGGAUUCUGCGGAUGAUAGAGACGAAGACGCUGGUGAUCGCGAUCAUACUCACAGUGGAGGUUUCAGUCCAGAAGGGGUUGACUCCAGUAACACUUUCGGUGAUGAUAUGUUACAGAUGGCUCUGAAAAUGGCAACUGGAGAAUUAGAUGAACCAGCUGUUGAUUUAGAAGCUGCUUUAACUCCAAAUACAAUUACCGCUACGCAAACAGCGUCACAAUCCGAUACAUCCAUGGAAAAUGAUGUUCAAUCAGAGCGAUUAAUAGUUGCUUCUCGCGGAAGAAAACGAAUGGUUCCGUAUAAACCACGGACGACUCCGAGUAAACGAGGAAGACGUGUAUCUGCUACGAACGAUAUGCCUUUGAUGCCACCACCCGAGCCUCAACCACCUCCUCAACCAAGAAUUAUAGAGCCCAUAGAAAAACCAGAUGCUAAUAUGGCACUCAAAUAUACUUUUGGAGUGAACGCGUGGAGACAAUGGGUAGCUGCAAAAAAUGCUGAACUAGAGAAACAAAAUACAUCGAUGAGGAAAAUAAAAUUGUUUAAGACAGAUCUCUUGCAGCUUACAGCGGACGAGUUAAAUUACUCUCUGUGUCUUUUUGUGAAAGAAGUUAGAAAACCAAAUGGCACAGAAUACGCUCCUGACACGAUAUAUUACCUAUGCUUAGGAAUACAGCAGUAUUUAUUCGAGAAUAAUAGAAUAGACAACAUUUUUACGGAUACGUAUUAUGAAAAGUUUACAGACUGUUUAAACGAAGUUGCGAAAAAAUUUUCUGUCCUUUAUAACGAUGCGCAAUAUAUUGUUACAAGAGUGGAGGAAGAACAUUUAUGGGAGUGUAAACAAUUAGGUGCUCAUUCUCCUCAUGUCCUCUUAAGCACUCUUAUGUUUUUUAACACAAAACAUUUUAAUCUCGUGACAGUAGAAGAACAUAUGCAGUUGUCAUUUUCUCAUAUCAUGAAACAUUGGAAACGUAAUCCUGCUGCACAACCUACCGCAACAACAGGAAAAGUUCCAGGAUCUAGAAACGUUCUUCUUCGUUUCUACCCACCGCAAUCGGCAUUGGAAGGCAAUUCCCGUAAGAAGAAAGUAUACGAGCAACAAGAGAAUGAAGAAAACCCGUUAAGAUGUCCAGUCAAAUUAUAUGAAUUUUACUUAUCCAAGUGCCCGGAAAGUGUAAAGACUCGUAAUGAUGUGUUCUAUUUAUUACCUGAAAGAAGUUGUGUACCAGAUAGUCCAGUAUGGUACUCAACCUCUCCACUGGCUAAGGAACACCUUAUAAAAAUGCUAUAUCGCAUUAAAAUGGUUAAAGAGAUUAACGUGGCAUUAUUAACUAGUUAA